AUGCCAUCCACAAAUCUGAAAAAAGAAGCGACGGACCCAUCGAAAUCCAUCAAGCUCAAUAUGAAUGUUCAGUUUGAUGACAAGAAAAUGAGUUUGAUGUUCACGAACACGGCUAUAGCUGACGACACUGAGAAGUUGGAACUCGUUGGAACACGACUACUGGAUCUGUGGAAGUUAAGGAGAAAAUUGAGAGUUCUCUGA